CAAAUGAAUCGUCAAACAGAACUGUCAAGGAUCCCCACCCUAGAGUCCUUUUUCCGCCCACCAUGCAUGGAUACCAGAUGGAUACAUGGAUAGCAUUGACGAGUUUUCGCGUUUACCAGGUUACGGAAUGGGUUAACAUCUGUGGUAACGAACUGGUUACUGAUUUCAAAUAUGGUUAGGAUAACCGAUACCUAACGCCAAAACGCCUUCUGUUGCCACCAGUUUGGCUUAUCUAUGGCAGUGUGGCCAGAUUGGGCGCUUUUCAGACUUCAUUUGCGCAAAAAAAAAUAAAAAGCCCAAUGUGCAAAUCGGGCGAUUUUAAUUUUCUAGAUUGAGCGUUUUUAAUUUUCUAAAAUUCUAGAUACUCCUUACGUCGAUGAAGUUCUUUUUUUUUCCAACAAUAUUUUGUCACAAUAAAUUGUUGUAAUUUUUUUGUAAUUUUAUGUAAUUAAAUAAUCUGUAAGUCAAAAUUUGCUUAUUUGUUUAACUGAGUUAUAUACCCGGCUAUAGCCCGACUCAUCUACCAGAUUACACCAAAAUAAAGACCGCUAGCUACUACGUAUACGAGCAGUCUUAACCAUAUAAUAAUUAUGCAGAUAUUUUAACCAUAGUUAUCAUGUUAUCAACCAAUACUAUCACUUGGAUAUGUUUUGGACAGGUUAAAUUUGUUUAUUGUACUGAUUUGCGCUUUUUGGUGAAUUUCAAAAAUCUGACAAUACUGCUCGUAACCAGAAAACGUGACCGACCACAAAACACAUACACAAUGUGACUGUGACCACUUGAUGACACAUACAAAAUGUGACCGACUCUCGAGCUAGGUCACGAAAAUCGUAACCAGGUUAGAAGUAGAGGUGGGUUGUGAAAUCGCAGUCCGCUACUUUGUCACAGGAUUCGUGUGUGAAACUUGAAACAAGUGACAACGCGAAAAAAAAAAUACUAACAUUUGUGUUCACCUCCUGGUAAGUCAAGCCUAAAAUUAAAUAGUUUCAUAAAGUAUCAUUCCAUAAUGGAGUCUCCCGGGGGGACCGGAUCCCCCCCUAGGAAAAAGAGCAACCGAAACAUAGAUUAUGAGAUCAUAGAAGACAUCAUAGGCACGAGAAACUUAAGCCAAACCCCACAGGGUCCUUUGCAAAACAAUUCGGAAGCUAUUCUUGCGGAAAGUAACCCGGAUCUAACCUCACAAAAUGCACAUGCUCCAGAACAAAAAGCCACGCUGACAGAGUCCGCAUUCAAUCCAGAAUUCAAUAGCAAUGAAACUAUAUACACAGCUAAAGAUAAAACCCCUUUUACUGUAUACAUCGAAUCAACAGAAAAAUCGGGCAACAAUAUAGGUGGGUUUAAUCAUCUGAAAAUUGCUAAAGAUAUCUUUGAUCUAAAACUUAGUAACAUUUUAAAAAUCAACAUCAAAGGACGUAAUAGAUUAGGUGUAGAUUUUGAUUCUUUCAAGGCGGCGAACAACUUUCUACAAAACAAACAUUUAAAAAACCUAGGCUACGACAUAUUCAUUCCCAAAAACUACACAUCAUGUAAAGGCAUCGUCAGGGCGAUACCAAAAAUGUUCUCCAUGAAGACGAUAGUGCAGAAUAGUACCAGCAGAGAGUGCAGGGUAAUAAGCUGCACACGACUGAACAGAAAAGUUAUUGACAAAGAAAAGAAAAGUGUAGAAUACAUACCAACAACCACAGUCCUCUACACAUUUGAGGGCACAAGACUGCCCAGAGACAUCCAGGUUUUUGGCUUGGACAUGCAGAUAAAACCAUACGUUCCACCCGUUACGCAAUGUUUUAACUGUUUCAGAUACGGUCAUACCAAAAAAAUUUGCAAGUCAAAAAAAAAUGCCUUAAUUGUGGAAGCCUAGAACCGGAAAAUGAGACACCUCACCGUAAGGAAGACGGAUCCUUCCUAUGCCAAGUAAAAUGCAUACUCUGCAACUCCGACGAACAUCGCUCCAGCUCAAAAACUUGCAUGGAGUUUGAAAGGCAGUUGGUUGUCAAAAAAGCCAUGGCAUUUGACAACCUUACCUACUUCGAAGCAAACGAAAAAUAUAAAAGUUUUAAUUCUAACACCCCAUUCUCACCCAAACGGGGUGAUUUUCCAGAAGUACUGGCCAAGCCACAUACGGAAAAAAGUCCCUACUCAUCACAAGAAAAAUGGUUAAAUACAACAAGAAGGAAGCAGACAUAUGCCAUGGCUGCAGCCUCUAAUAAAACAAAUACAAA